AUGCUAUCCCACCACCCGCUCAUCACGGCCUCAGACAGGCUCUACUUCGCCUAUGCGAGCAACCUCAGCCCAGAGAAGAUGGCCCACCGCUGCCCGGACAGCAUCUUCCUCGGCAAGGCGACCCUGCGCGGGCACAGGUGGCAGAUCAACGAGCGCGGCGUGGCCAACGUCGUCCGGACGGGCAGGCAGCGCGACGCGGUCGAGGGCCUGGUCUACGCCAUCAGCCCCAGCGACGAGGAGCGCCUCGACCGCUACGAGGGCGUGUCGAAAGAACUGUACGAGAAGGUUGAAGCCAAAGUCGACUUCGAAUCCGUGCGGGAAAAUGUCUUUGCGCGGUGUACCUCGGCCAGCGUGGCCAAGGCCGUCAGGGAGGAGCGGGAGAGCGCCGCGGGCGGGGACCGCCGGGUGCGGUCCUGGGAUGAGCGGCGCCCGCGCCGGGACCUCAGUCCUCGUGGUCGUCGGCGGGCCAGCGGGGGCUCCGCCGCCACCGGGGGCUUGACGAGCUCUAUCCUGGGGCUUCUCGGCGUCCCUAGGAAGGCGGAUCGCACCGUUUCACCGCCGCCUGCCAGAGUUCGCAGGGGGCGUGAGAGGGAGCGCUCGCGCGACGAAGUGCGGGCGGGGAGGACUGUACCUAAACCGGUCAUAGCCUUGGUUUAUGCCAGCACUCUUUAUUCGCGCGACGGCGACGUCAGAGAGAGAUACGUGCCGCGCAUGGAACGGGCCAUGGAUGACGCGGUGGCCUUGGGUGUGUCAAGAGACUUCAUCGACAGGCACAUAGCGCCCCAGGUCUGGAGGUCCCAAUCGUCUUGGAAAUCAUCUUGGCGAAUGUCAUUGCCAGGAGUCGAGGGCCUAGGAGCGGGUCGGCGGGUGACGGAGAUUGCGAGCAAGAGGAGUGUGUCUCAAUCUGACGGGUCGGGCCGGCGUGGCCGGCGUGAAAGCGUUGUUUCGGAUAGACAUAGGGAUUACUAG